AUGGGGGUGGUGGCCAGGAGCACUUCUGCGUUAGCCCACCCCAUCAAUGCAACAUUCCCCGGUUCGGCGGCUUCUUCGCCUCGACCUAUUUUUGCUCGCAGGCGGGGGUUGAUUGUGAGACAUAUAAAGACCUCCAGUGCCUCCUGGAUCGAGAUUGAGGGAGAAGAGCAUCCCAUCAUCUCACCUCACAACAUUGCUACCUUCACGUACGAUAUCACCUCCUCUGGACCUGCCAACUGUUCUCCCUCACCUUGGCUGCACAUGGAGCACCUCCUGUGGGCGUACACUCCUGAUCCUCGGUCAGACGAAGUGCACCAGCACCUCCUUCCAAUGCCCAUGCCCAUGCCCGUGCCCCUCACCUCUGCAUCCGGUGACCUCUCUAAGGAUGCAGCAAGUGAGGUGUUUGCUGAUUUUUCUGCCCUGCCAUCCACUGUCUCUGGUCUUGAUGACAUUAACUGGGAUGAAUGGAUCCUGUUUGACUCCCCCCCAGUCAAUGUUCCCCCACCGUCACUCCAACUGUCGGAUUUCUCCGACGACCCCAUUGAGGAGGCUCACCCAAGCCCGAGCGAUGUUGCUGAUGACCCAUCCAAUUGA